AUGGUCUUAUGCCUAACGACAAUCGUCUUUGUACUUCUCAUGAUUUUCUAAGAGACUUCUUAGGUAAAGAGAAUAGAUUCUCAAAUAUCAGCUGAUUAUGAUCCUUAUUCAAAUGACAUAGACAAGCUAAUUCAGAAAUUUGUAUAAAGUUCAUUAUCAUAACAAAAUCUUAUUUCUGACUCCUCUAUCACAAACAGUAGCAUUAAAGAUGAAAAGAAAAACACGAAAAAAUCAUAGAAAUUGAAGAAAAAGAAACUAAAACGAUUUGAAUAGUAAGAAUCCUUUGAAAAUUCCUCUCUCCCAUAUAAAUAAUGGGUUACUAUGUUUCAAAAAUCUUCAAACUAGAAGGAUGACUUGGCAUAUUUGCAAUAAAUGAGUCCUAGGUAAGGACAUAGUGCAGUUUUAUACUAAGGAAAUGAAAAAUAUUUGAAUUUGAUUUAAGGCAUCUCAACUGAUACCUAAUUCAUACUAAUUUUUGGAGGUAUUGAUAGUGAGGGUAAAAGAUAUAAUGAUCUGCAUGCUAUUUCUCUACCGUCUUUUAAAUGGCUUGACUUGGCUUAGAUUUAAUCUGAGUGCGAGAGUUCCAGGCCUACACCUCGUGCUGGUCAUUCUUCUGUAGUGUUUGGUGAUAGAAUGUAUCUCUAUGGCGGAGAGGAUUCACAAGGUAACUCUAAUGAGUUCUUUGUACUGGAUUUAAACAAUCUUUGCUGGAGUAGAUUAGAUGUUGCAGGCAUCUCGCCACGAGGCAGGUCAUACCAUUCAUCUACUCUAAUCCCUCCCACUAACUUUGACCUGGGAAGCCAUCCUAAAUGGGUGAUAUUCGGUGGAUAUUCAGAUAAGGGGUUCCUCAAUGAUUUGGUGAUUUUCGACUUAGUACUCCAAAGAUGGGAGAAGCCUGUAACUAUUGGAACUAAGAGAGAUAGUGAGCCUACUGCGAGAUAAGGUGCUUCAAUGGUGUAUGCACUUAACAGAUUAUGGUUGUUUGGAGGGUAUCAUUAAGGAUAAUUUUAUCAUGAUAUUUUCUAGCUAGAUCUAGCUUCUAAUGAAUGGUCAGAUAUUACAGACUAGAUACAAGGAGAAUUGCCUUCCAAUAGGCAGUUAGCUGGAAUAAUAUAUUAGAAUAAUCAUAUUGAGUCUGCUAUGUAGGGAUCCAUAUACAUAUACGGUGGUUGCGACUACUUUACUAAAGUUUGCUACAAUGAUUUAUAUCAAUUGACUCUUAAAGAUUAGUGGAUGAAGAAAGUAGAGUUGAAAAAUGAAAUUUCACCCAGAGAAGGUCACUAAUUGGUUAGUUUUGGCUCCUUAGUAUUGAGUAUUGGGGGAUGUGAUUCUAUUAAGGAGUAAUGCAACAAUGACAUCCUAGUUAUGUAGACAUUAAAAGAAAGUGACCUUGAGAAAAAGAUUCUCAAAACUGAUUCUGCUUUCUGUAAAAACAAAAAUGGAAUGGUAGUAUACGAGGAUGAUUUGAACUUCCUAUAUUGCUAUUGUGAAGAGUCGUAUCAAGGAAAAGACUGUUCAAUUGAAUUAUCUUGUCCUAAUGAUUGUUAAGGCAAUGGUAUCUGCAAGUCGGGGUUCCAAUGUAAAUGCUAUGCUGGCUUUGGAGAUGAAGACUGCUCUGUGAAAUUAGAUGGAUGUGGGGAGUAAAAUUGCACUCAAUCAGAUAAUGGUGGUGAAUGCGUGAAAUAGACUGAGAGCAAAGGCUAAUGCAAGUGCAACUCAAACAGAUAUGGAUAGUUUUGCCAAUAUGACAAUGAUCCAAAAGAAGUGUCAGUAAACAUUGUAAAUUCAUAGUAGGCAGAGAAUAAUGAUGUUACUGUUGAUGACUUAAUAAUUUAAAAGUAUAAGAAAGCUCUGACUCAGUCUAGUUCAUUCUUUGGAUUUAUGGAACCUCAGAAUUUUUUGUAGUCAAACCGUAUACAGACAAAUAACUCGAACUGGAAAUCAGCUUAAGUAGAUGAAGUAGACUUUAUAUUUAAAGAAUCAAACUCAAGCAUGGGUAAUGUACUUCAGGAUUGCGAGAAUGAAUGCUCAAACAAUGGAGUGUGCAGGAACUACAUUUGUUAUUGCGAACCAGAAUUUACAGAUAAAACUUGUCGUACUUCUAUUGCAGAAUUUAGCUCCAUUGGGACUCCUUGGCAUGAGGCUGUGUUUUAUCUGUAUGGUGCGAUAUCAAUCGGUGUAAUCUCAGGAAUCAUCUUGAUAAGGUACUUUCUCCAGAAAAACAGAGAAAAGGAGUACAUGAAGUUCAAUUGA